GUGUCUUGGACGUAGUUCGCUGGUAUUUAAGACAUGGGGGGCAUGUCUUGGGUUGCUGCUGCGCAGCCCACUUGCAUUAACUACUCGCACAUACUCUAACAUACACACGCACCAUGGCCCUUGAGCACCCCACCCUCGUCAAGGUCGACCCAUUCAAGCCUGCCGACCAGCAGGCGGGUCUCUUCAACCGCUGGCACCCCGACAUCCCCGCCGUCGCCACCGUCGCCGAGGGUGACGUCUUCAAGCUCGAAUGCCACGACUGGACGGGCGGCCAGAUCCUCAACAAUGACGAUGCCGACGACAUCAGGGACGUCGACCUCACCAAGAUCCACAACCUCACUGGCCCCGUAGCCGUCGAGGGCGCCAAGCCGGGCGACGUGCUCGUCGUCGACAUUCUCGACGUCACGCCCUUCCCGCAGAUGCAGUGGGGCUACACUGGCGUGUUUGAAAAGACGAACGGCGGGGGCCUCUUCAGCACCGACUUUGACUCAAAGGCCGCCAAGGCAGUGUGGGACUUUGAAGGCAUCUACGCGAGCAGCCGGCACAUCCCCGGCGUGCGCUUCGCGGGCAUCCCCCACCCAGGGCUGAUCGGCACCGCGCCGAGCCAGGCGCUGCUGGAUACCUGGAACGAGCGCGAGCGCGGCCUCGUCGCCGCCAAGGGCGAGUGCGUGCCCGCCGUCGCGUUGACCCCGCUGUCGACGGGCGCGUAUGUCGGCCAGGACUUGCCGGACAAGGUGCGCGAGAAGAUUUACGCUGAGGGCGCGAGGACGAUUCCUGGCCGCGAGCACGGCGGUAACGUCGACAUCAAGAACCUCUCCCGCGGCUCGCGCUGCUUCUUCCCCGUGUACGUCGACGGCGCCAACCUCGCCGUCGGCGACCUGCACUUUUCGCAAGGCGACGGCGAGCUGUCGUUCUGCGGCGCCAUCGAGAUGGCCGGCAUUAUCACGCUCAAGUGCUCGGUCAUGAAAGACGGCGUCAAGCUUCUCGGGCUCAAGCAGCCCAUCUUCCUUCCCUCGCCCAUUGACCCGCGAUACCACGAGCAGCUCAUCUUCGAGGGAAUCUCCGUCGACGUCAACGGCGACGGCAAGCAGUACUCGAUGGACGCGACGGUCGCGUACAAGCAGGCGGCGCUCAACGCGAUGGACUACCUCCGCCGCCUGGGCUACAGCAAGGAGCAGGCCCAUCUCCUGCUCUCCGCCGCGCCGGUCGAGGCGCACGUCGCGGCCAUGGUCGACGUGCCGAACGCGUGCGUGACCAUGGGCCUCCCACUCGCGAUUUUCGACCGCGACAUUCGCCCCACGAACAAGGGUAUCGAGAAGAAGGAGUACAAGAACGCGGCGCUGCGCACGGACGGGGUGCGCUGCAAUCAGAAGUAGUGCAGCCUGGGAUUGAGGGGUCUCCAGAGUCGCUCGAACAGGAACUAGGGCAUGGAAUACGCCCAAACAGUAUGCAUGAUGUGGCAGGCGA